UUCAACAACGUCACUCUGAUUGCACAAAUGUUUCAUUGUAUCUUUAUGUUUUGAUGUAAAUAAAAAGAUUACUGAAGCGAAAUGUCUGAACUCCGAUGAAACACGAGGCCCAAAGGCCUCUCUGAGGUUUGAUCUUGAACUUGAUUUCAUAUUGUGCCUCUUAUCAUUGAUCUCGACUUUCAGCUUGGUUUGUAAACACGGGUGUGCCACUCAGAUUCACAUUUGAACAAGCGAUUUCACAAUCAGCAGUGUUUGAAUCUCGUGAUCAUGUGGUCUUGAAGCACUACGGCUCUAUCUGAUGGUGUUUUGGUGGACCUGAAGGUCUUCUGAUGGAGCGGGUGACGGGUAUCCGCUGGUAUGCCGCCCUGCGCUCUGGUUUUCCCAUACUCACCUGGCUCCCCAGGUAUAACCUGACCUGGCUGAAGAUGGACCUGAUCGCCGGUCUGACGGUGGGUUUGACAGCGGUUCCCCAGGCUCUGGCCUACGCAGAAGUGGCUGGUUUACCUGUGCAGUACGGCUUGUAUUCUGCGUUUAUGGGUGGUUUCAUCUACUGUGUGUUUGGCACAUCUAAAGACAUCACGCUGGGCCCGACGGCCAUCAUGUCUCUGCUGUGUGCGGAGUAUAUCGGUGGAGAUCCUGUGUUUGCGGUGGUGCUCACACUGCUGUGCGGCAUCAUCCAGGCGGGAAUGGCUCUACUGAGGCUGGGUUUCCUCUUGGACUUCAUCUCACAUCCAGUGAUUAAAGGCUUCACGUGUGCGGCGGCCGUCACCAUCGGCUUCGGCCAGCUCAAGAAUAUUCUGGGUCUGAAGGAGAUCCCGCAGCAGUUCUUCUUACAGGUUUACUACACCUUCCACAAGAUCCCCGAGGCCCGCUGUGUUCUCAGAGUUGGAGAUGUGAUUCUGGGUCUGUGCUGUCUGUUCUUCCUGGUCACGUUGACGCUGAUGAAGAACUCUCUGGGUUCGUCUGAAGACGAGGCUCCUCUCCUCGUCCGAUCUGCCCGGAGGCUGUUGUGGAGUUUAGCUACUAUCCGGAACGCUCUGGUCGUCGUCGUAGCGACGGGUGUUGCGUAUUCCGCUGAGGUCACAGGUCACCAUUGCUUCAGUCUCACUGGAAAAACCGCCCAAGGUCUGCCUCCGUUCAAAGCCCCGCCCAUUUCAGAAACAGUAGCCAAUGGCACGGUGAUUACUUUCAGCGACAUUGUAAAGGACUUGGGCGGCGGUCUGGCUGUCAUUCCUUUAAUGGGCGUCUUAGAGAGCAUCGCUAUUGCAAAGGCUUUCAGCAGCAAGAAUAACUACCGGAUCGAUGCCAACCAAGAGCUCUUUGCCAUCGGUCUCACAAACAUCAUGGGCUCGUUCGUGUCGGCGUAUCCCGUCACGGGAAGCUUCGGAAGAACCGCUGUGAACUCUCAAACCGGAGUGUGUUCACCUGCUGGAGGGAUCGUCACAGGUGUUAUAGUGCUGCUGUCGCUGGCGUUCCUCAUGCCGCUCUUCUUCUACAUCCCUAAAGCGUCCCUGGCGGCCGUCAUCAUCUGCGCCGUCAGUCCCAUGAUAGACUUCAGAGUGCCAGUCCAGCUCUGGAGAGUCAAGAGACUCGAUCUGCUGCCGUUCUUGGUGACGUUUGGGGUCAGUUUCUGGGAGGUGCAGUAUGGCAUUGUGGGAGGUGUUGUUGUUUCUGGUUUCAUGCUGCUGUACGUCGUGGCCAGACCCAAAGUGAAAGUUUGUGUCUGUGUCCAGGUGUCGGAUCACGGCGUGCUGCUUCUGGAGCUGGACAGUGGGCUGAACUUCCCCGUGACGGAGCAUCUGAGCAGACUCGUGUACAAACACGCGCUUCAUGUGUCUCCUCCGCGCUGUCUGCUUCUGGACUGUGCUCACGUCAGCUCUAUAGACUUCACUGUCGUCCAUGAACUGACUGAACUGCUCAAACAGUUUGAGCUGAGGGGUGUAUCGAUGAUCUUCACUGGACUCAAGCCGUCAGUACUGAAGGUGUUGUUGUCGGCUGAUCUUCCUGGUUUCAGACAUACAGACAGAGUAGACCAGGCUCUGCAGCUUCUGACCAGUAUUAAUCACUAACAGCCAAUCACAAACAAGAACAGAUUGUGUGGCUUUCAGCCAAUCAGCAUCCGGAAACUUUUAAAUCCUCUAAUGAUUGGUCACUUGAAAAGUUGUGCACACCUUCGACCAAUUAGCACUCAGGAAGAGAGACUCUGAUAAAAACUGAUGGAGAGCAAAGUUACAUGAUGUAUGUGUACAUGACGACCAAAUAAUGCUUUUGACUGUGUUUUUUGUAUUCUGUUUUAAACUCUGAAUCUCAGGUGAGAUGAUGUCUUUUUAUGAACAUGCACUUCUUCUUGACACUAGAAAGAGUCAAAUCUUUAGUUUUUUAGGGUUAAAAAGCACUACCAAUCUGACAGGUCUCACAAAGCCUAAAAUAUAUUGCAUUACUCAUCAUAAUUUCUCUGUAGUUUACAGUAGUACUUUUAUAUGUGUAGUGUGUUUACAUUAUUAUUAUUAUCUUUUUUUUGAUGAAACUAAAUCUCCAUUAAGACACAGAUGUCUGCACUCUUUUGGACCGUCAAAGACGAAACUGAAAUGUCUCUUUUGGUAUUAAACUGAUAUGAUUUACAA